GUGGCAUCCACGUCCGUACAAAUCGCGGAAAGCCAACCGAUAUCAUUCCGACGGAAGAGAAUCAAUCUCACCAAAAACUUCAUCUGAAAUGCCAAACCUUUUUCAUCUCAAUCCAUAGAAAUCCCUCAAAAAUCUGAUCUUUCGAGGAUAAAUGCGGUGAAUGAAUCAGAAACAGAGCAAAUCCGAACUUACAGAGCAGCAGGCAGGGGAAGAUGAAGGAAUCGCGACCCGUCGUCGUCACCGGAGCAAACGGGUUCAUCGGUUCGUGGCUCGUCCGCACUCUCCUUGAGGAGGGCUACCCGGCCAUCCACGCCUCGGUCUACCCGGGCUCCGACGCCACCCACCUCCUCUCACUCCCCUGUGCCUCCGGGGGGCGCGUCCGGAUCUUCGAGGCUGACGUGCUGGACCGGGCCGCUGUGGGGCGGGCUGUCGAGGGCUGCUCCGGCGUUUUCCACGUGGCUUCCCCCUGCACCCUCGAGGAUCCCAAGGACCCGGAGAAGGAGCUCAUCCUUCCCGCCGUGCAGGGGACGCUGAACGUCAUGGAGGCAGCGAGGAGGUCCGGCACGGUCAGGCGCGUGGUGCUCACUUCCUCCAUCUCGGCGAUGGUCCCCAAACCCAAUUGGCCUGCCGGCAAGGUAUUCGACGAGACUUCAUGGACCGAUCUCGACUACUGCAAGUCCCGACAGAAAUGGUACCCGGUGUCGAAAACACUUGCAGAGAAGGCGGCGUGGGAGUUUGCAGAGAAGCAUGGAAUGGACCUCGUCUCCAUCCACCCAGCAACUUGCCUGGGCCCUCUCCUGCAGCCUGGGCUGAAUGCGAGCUGUGCUGUGCUGCUUCAGCUGCUAAAGGGAUCAGAGGAUACCCAGGAGUACCACUGGCUUGGGGCCAUUCAUGUUAAGGACGUGGCCAAGGCACAGGUCUUGCUGUUCGAAAAUACUUCUGCAAAGGGAAGGUAUCUCAGCACAAACGGGAUAUGCCAGUUCAGUGAUUUUGCCGAGAGGGUCAGGAAGCUCUUCCCUGAGUAUCCCAUCCACAGGUUCACAGGGGAGACUCAACCUGGCCUGGUAGCAUGCGACGAUGCAGCAAAGAGACUAAUUGAUAUUGGCAUGGUCUUUACGCCUCUUGAAAAUGCCAUUAGAGAGACAGUUGAGAGCCUUAAAUCGAAAGGCUUCCUGGGCCAGAAGUAACAUCGACAAAGUCCAAAUUUUUUUCCGUUUCAAAGGAGACACUGUUACCUGUCUGUGUUUUCUUUGUCCUAAUUUCUUUAAUGUAUUAAUUAAAUUAAUACUAAGAACAUUUGGGUACUUGAUGCAAGUGCAAGUGAAAUGAUCAUCCUUUUAUCAGCAGAUAAUAUUAUUUGCAGAAAGUGCAAUCA